AUGAAACGCUGCACGGCUGCGCUGCCGACCACGCGCAGCUGGCAAGCUAGGCGAUGGGCUUCGCAUGAUCGAUCGACGUUGACCCCCGAAGCUCUGCUUGAGCAAGUCCAGUCCGGUCUCGACGAGGACACAAAAGUCAUUCCAGACCAGAAGAAGGUGUCGACACCGGCAGGAGAGCUUCCUAUAUCGCCCGUCUUCGAUCCCGCAUGGAUCAAGUCGCGGCGGCGCGAACGCAAGCCAGCUGGGGCGCCGGUCUCUGGGCGCUUCAGGAAAAAGCUGGCAUCAAAUCCAUAUGCAAGAGCGUUGGCGCAGCCGUUGCGCGUGUGCGCGAUGACCAAUGCGACACUACCACGGUACUUCCUCCAGGACUUCGAGGUCAUUCACCAUCCAGAAUCCGAACAGGCUUGGUUCGCUCCCGGGCCAGCAGCCUUCCAAGGCGUAGUCCCGACCUCCAGACCGGACGGAGACCCAAGGGAGACUUUGCAGGAGGGGGAGCAAUCACCCGCAGAGAGAGAGCAGCGUGCAAGAGCUGGACAGUCCUUACAGGAAAAACGAGCAUCUAAAGACGGCGACGCCGUUGAGGUCCGUGACGAUGCGGAAGCAACCAAAGACGAGACGAGAGCUUCCCCUGACAAUCAUCGUGCCCCGCGAGCACCCCUGACUGCGUACAUGCUUAGUCGCAAAGACGUUCUGGGACAGGUGGAUCGGCAAACAAAGCUGCACGGCAGAAUCUUGGGUCGACGAAGUGGCACAGCAACGUCAGCAAAGCAAGGCAAGAUCGUCUGGCGAAAUGACAUGGGUGACUUUGUGCUGGACAAGAUGCGGCGCGUGGUUGUGGACGCGCUCAUUGCGCGGUCUGACGAAAACUUUGGUCCCCAGACUAAGUUUAUGGAGCCUGUGUCUGAUUGGGACAAGAUCAAAGACGUGCCUUCACGGGAGAGCAUCCUCUGUUUACUCAACAAGGAAGCUCGUAGUGACGGCCAUGCCGUGGACGACGCAAGUGCCGCUGCGCUGUCAUCAGCGACACCAGAGUUUGCGACCUUUGAUGUUGAGGGAGCCAAGUAUGGCAGCAAAAUGGCCGUGCAUGACCUAUAUUGGCUUCUGGGGACGACGGAAGUGGCAAGAUUGAAGGAAAACAGACCGCACCUAUUCAACGAACAUGGCUUGCUUGUCCUGAAGGGCGGACGACGGAUGUUGGAACAAGUCGGGCAACAUCGACUGUGUCUCUACGACAAAAAACAACGACUAUCACUACCAAACACACCACCACAUCACACAAUGGACGAGUUCAACCCUGAGCGCAUCCAGCCCGAGGACUGGUCUUUCCCCAACAGCCCCUCGUGCUCCUCGACGACGGCGGUCCUCAUCCACGACGGUGGAGGCACCACCUACCCCUACCACUGCCUCGGCUCCUUGUACCGCAAUGUGUACGGCAUCAGGAACCCUUACUUCUUCUCCGGCGACAUCUUCCCCGGUGGCCUCCCUGAGAUGGGCAAGGUCUACGCCGACUACAUCCGCGACGCCGUGAAGCGCAAGGACUUCAAGUGCCGCCGCAAGCUGGACGGCAGUGUCGACCUCCUCAUCGGCGGAUGGUCCCUCGGUGGUCUCCUCGCCCUCGAGGUCGCCAAGGAGCUGGCCGACGACAAGAAGAUCAACGUCGUGGGCAUGAUCAUGAUCGACUCUGUCUACACCGGUGUCGACGCCCAGCGCCAGCUCGCCGACACCGAGGCCAAGCCCAUCAACUUCUCCGAGGAGGGCAAGUCUCGCAACGAGAUCCUGUCUCUCCGCGCCAUGUCCGAGGCCGUCCGCAUGAUCGAGGACUGGACACCCCCCAAAUGGGAGGGUCGUCUCGCCGGCAAGCGCCCCAAGUGCGUCCUCCUGCGCGCCCGCGACUACUACCCCACCGAAGAGGGUGAACUCAGCACCAUUGACGUCUUCCGGGACGACGAUAUGCUCGGCUGGUCCGCAUACGACCCCAAGAUGUUCACAAAGGUGCUCGAGAUCCCCGGCCACCACUUUAGCAUAUUCGACAUGGACAAGGUCGACUCGACCACGCGCGGCCUGCAGAACGCCUUUGACAAGCUGACGCAGCCCUCGGCCCGUCAGCGCAUGCUCGCCGAGCUCCAGUGCAUGUAA